ACCAUUUUCAAUUUUUUUUUUGAUGUGUUUAGUGUGAGGUACGUUUUUCUAAUGAGCAGUUAAUUAUGGCAUUUUACAGAUAAUACGUACUUAGCAUAUCUUUAUUGUUAUUAUUAAAGUGGAAAAGUUUACUUUUCAUAAACGUUGAAUGCCUACCCUGCUAAUAUCAGUUCAUAACCUUGAGUACUUUCCAUUCUACAUUUGCCUCUUUAGUUCUCGUCAGUUGGUUUUUGUCACUCGAAGUGUUCAUGUAUAUUGAAACGACAAUAUAUGUAUAUAUGUAUGUACAUAAUCAUGUCAUAAAAAUGAUCAACAAUUAAAAUAUCAACAAGUGUUACGCUAAUGUUUGAUUCGAUUUAAUUAUAAGGAACAAUAAAAUAACUUAAAGUGUUCAACAAGUAACAAGUGAUAUUCAACUAUUGCUCCGAUAGUUGAAGGAAUACUUGGAUUAACAAAAAGAAUACUUUUUUUAAUAACAAUAAGUCAACAAAAUUAAAUAAUAAACAAUGUCUAGAACCGGUGAAAGACAGAGUUAUGCACAAACAUACAAAUUAGUCGUUGUUGGUGGCGGUGGUGUUGGUAAAUCAGCCAUUACUAUCCAAUUUAUUCAAAGCUACUUUGUGACUGACUAUGAUCCUACUAUUGAAGACUCAUACACGAAACAGUGUGUUAUUGAUGAUGUGCCAGCGAAACUUGACAUUUUGGAUACUGCUGGACAAGAAGAAUUCAGUGCAAUGCGUGAACAAUACAUGAGAAGUGGUGAAGGCUUUUUAUUGGUCUUCUCAGUAACCGAUCAUUCUUCAUUCGAUGAAAUUGCCAAAUUUCACAAACAAAUUUUGAGGGUAAAAGAUCGUGAUGAAUUUCCAAUGCUGAUGGUUGGAAAUAAGGCAGAUUUAGAUCAUCAACGAUCGGUGUCUGUAGAAGAAGCACAAAAUCUGGCAGGAGUUUUGAAAACUCCUUACAUAGAAUGUAGUGCCAAAUUACGAAUGAACGUCGAUCAAGCUUUUCAUGAGCUUGUAAGAAUCGUACGAAAGUUUCAACUUUCUGAACGACCACCUUUAAAACCAAAUUAUAAGAAGAAUAAGAAAAAAUGUUGCAUGUUAUAAUUAGUAAUAAUUGAAUCAAUAAGUCAAUUAUUGAUUUACGCAUGAUAAUGAUGAGAAUUAAAUUAAUCUGGCAACUAUUUUAUUUACAAAAAAAAAUCUAUAAUUGAUAAGUCAAAUUAUUGUGACAAUUUUUAAAACUUUAACGAAGUUUUUUUAAAAAAAAUUUUAAACAUAAACGGAACAAAGAUAAAAUGAAUUAACCAUUUAAUGCAGAAAAUAAAUAAUUUUUAAAAAUAAAUUUGAGACUCGAGACUGGUUAUCUUGAGUGUCUAUAUUUUAUAAAAAUAUUUUUAUAGUUAUAACUAUUAAUAAUUAAACAAACUUUUUUUAGGAUAAAAAUAAUCUACUUGAGACAUUGUUAGGGUACCUGCUUUAUUUAUUUAUGGUUUGUUCAUAGAUAAUUAUCAUAAUUAAACUGCUGAAUUAGUGAUAAAACAUCACUGCCUGAAUUAUUGAAAAAUUAUUUUAAUUGGAGCAGAAGAUUUAGGAAAUUGAAGAUAACAAAUAGUAACUUCUUUAAUAUUAAAAAAUCAAAUUUUUCAUCGAAUUUAUAUGAAUUUUUUAUUAAUUAUUAAACUUCAAAAAAUCAAAUUUUUAUGCAGUUUUAGCUUUUUGAUAAAACAAUCGACUGUCAUAUUUUUUCGAUAUCAAUAUAUUUUUUGUACAUAGACUAACUAAAGACAUUGAUCUAAAAAAUAUGUAUCACAUAAAUUCUUGUACAACGAUUAAUUAGAAUGAUAAAAUUAAUUAUAUAAUUUAUGAUUAUCAUAAAAAACAUUUUUAUACUAACAAUAAAAUACAUAAUUCGAUAAUAAAUAAUUCCAUUUAUCAUUAACAAUGGUAGUCAAAUUUUAAGCUAUAAUCUCGACAUAUAGUUCUAAAUAAGAACGAUAUUUAUAAUAAAUCAAAAAAAUGACAUUAAAAGUAAUACCUAAAACUAUUAUCAAUAAUACCAUGAUUACUUAUAUUAUUAGUAGUAAUC